UUCCGGUUCCUCGGCGCGGCCGCCAUGGCGCCGCCGCGGAGCGGGUGCCGGCCGGCGCUGCCGGCGCUGGCGCUCGCCCUGCUCGGCCUCGCCGCCGCCGCGGGGCCGCGCCAGGCCCCGGCGCUGGAGCUGGCGCAGGAGCUGGCGGAGGAGCUGUGGGGCGCGGGGCUGCCCGGCGACCUGCCCGAGCUGGAGCCCGAGUGCCGCGGGCUGCUGGCCGCCUUCGCGGAGGGCAGCGCGGCGCUGACGGGCUGCCUGGGCCGGCGCGCCCGCCCGGUGCGGCUGUGCCAGGGCUGCCACGGCCCCUACCGCCGCCUGCUCGAGCUCUACGGCAGCAUCGCCCGCGCCGUCGGGAAUUCCUCUGAGAGCCACAAUUGUGCCAAAAGCAUCUUGACCUCAGACAGGCUGCAGAUAGUUGUGACCCUUUCGGAGUUCUUCAAUGAAACCUGGGAGGCAGCCAACUGCGCAAAUUGUUUAAAGAAUAACAGUGAGGGAUUAUCAAAUUCUACUGAAGAAUUCCUGGAUUUAUUCAAUAAAUCUCUGACAUGUUUUGAACAUAACCUUCAGGGACAAGGCAUUGAUCUGUCACCAAAUAACUACACAGAAGUGUGCAGAAACUGCAAUGAAACGUACACAAAAUUGAAUGACCUGUACAACCACCUGCAGAGGAUGAACAGGCAAGGCGGUGAAUCUGCUCACUCUGCACACUUGUGUAUUGAUGUGGAAGAUGCAAUGAACAUCACUCGGAAGCUUUGGAGCAGGACUUUCAACUGUUCUCUUCCCUGCAGUGAUACAGUCCCAGUGAUUGCAGUUUCAUCCUUUAUUCUCUUCCUACCUAUUGUUUUUUAUCUUAGUAGCUUCCUUCACUCGAAGCAGAAGAAACGGAUACUCAUUUUGCCCAAGCGCAUCCAGUCAAAUGCCAAUCUUGUGAACAUCCAAGAAAAAUACAGCUGAGCUGCAAAACAAAACCUGAGAGCUGCUGCUGGUAUACAGUGGGUACAAUUGUGUUGGAAUGAGGCCGGCACAAAAGAGGAGUUAAUUAUGGUUUAGUGUAAUGAUACAGAGCAACACAAGUUAAACAAAAUGCUGUCUGACUUCUAAGCGAGGAUAUUAACAAACAUGACAAGGCAGGGCUGUGUGACACUGUAUGGACUCUGGUUUUGAAAAAUCUGUGGGUUUUUUUCCAGUCUCA